AUGGCAAAGUCACCAGAGACCGAGCACCCAGUGAAGGCCUUUGGAUGGGCAGCCAGAGAACAAGCUAGUCCUCUAGGUCCAUUCAAAUUCUCGAGAAGAGCAACGGGGGAUAAAGAUGUGAGGUUCAAAGUUUUGUAUUGUGGGAUAUGCCACUCCGACCUUCACAAUAUCAGGAAUGACUGGGGCAUGUCCAAGUAUCCUCUUGUACCCGGGCAUGAGAUUGUAGGGGUAGUAACAGAGGUGGGUAGCAAGGUAGAGAAAUUCAAAGUUGGAGACAGAGUGGGUGUUGGAUGCAUGAUUGGAUCAUGUGGCUCAUGCGACAAGUGCGCCACCGAUUUUGAAAAUUACUGCCCCAAAUUGAUAUACACCUACCCGGGCACCUACUAUGACGGAAGCGUCACACAAGGAGGUUACUCUGAUCACAUGGUUGCCGACGAGCACUUUGUGGUCGGCAUCCCCGACAGCUUGCCUCUUGAAGCUGCUGGUCCUCUCCUAUGUGCUGGGAUCACAACCUACAGUCCCCUCAAGUACUUUGAGCUUGACAAGCCUGGUAUGCAUUUGGGCGUGGUGGGUCUAGGCGGACUUGGCCAUGUCGCCGUGAAGUUUGCAAAGGCGUUUGGCGCUAAGGUGACAGUGAUCAGUACAUCCCCUAGCAAGAAGAAGGAAGCCAUUGAACUUCUUGGUGCUGAUUCAUUUUUGGUAAGCCGUGAUGAAGAUCAGAUGCAGGCUGCAAUGGACACAAUGGAUGGUAUUAUUGAUUCUGUGUCUGCUAUUCACCCACUCAUGCCUUUGGUUGGUUUAUUGAAAACUUAUGGGAAGCUCGUUUUGGUGGGAGCACCAAAAGCACUUGAACUACCUGUUUUGCCUUUGCUUUCGGGGAGGAAGAUAGUUGCUGGGAGCAUGAUUGGGGGAAUGAAGGAGACACAGGAAAUGGUUGAUUUCGCGGCAAAACACAACAUAAAACCAGACAUUGAAAUCAUUCCUAUGGACUAUGUGAACACUGCCUUGGAGCGUCUUGAGAAGGCUGAUGUCAAAUACCGGUUUGUCAUCGACGUUGGGAACACAUUAGAAGUCUCCUGA